AUGGCGGGAAAAGGCCCAGACGAGAAGAAGCGGCCAGCCGCGCUCAACCUGACGCCCAAGCGCUCAGAUUCCUCGUCCACAGAGGGUUCGCUCAAGGUGCCGCGGACGCCGCGUUUCGCGGAAGCGACCUCUGUGCACUCCCCCGUUGAUACCAACAAGUCGCCCUUUGCCGACCCCGAGAAGCCCCAGACGGGCGACUCGCAACCCGGCAUGGUCGGCUUCGGCUACAUCAGCAACGGCCGCGACUGUGCUGCCACCGGGCCCAAAUCUCCCCUCAAGAGCGCAAUGAAGGUCCCCGGAACGCCGGCCAGGCAGUUCUCCAACCCGCUCAGCCCGACGUUCCGCGAGGAGGAGUUCCUGGAGAAGCGCGAGGCUCAGAACGACAAGGAGCAAGCCAAGGACAUUAAAAUCAAAACCCGGGUCCGUAUGGCCAAGUUUGCCUUGCGAGGAGUCAACUUUGGCUGCUCCCUCAUCAUCCUCUCCAUGCUGUCAACCUCGUUUGCCAUCUUCAACUCGACCAAGUCCCUGGCUGCCGCCAGCAAGUUUACGCCGUGGGCUCCAAACACGGAAAAAACCGCUUGGCCGCAGAAGCUGACCCUUGCCAUGGCCUGCGUGUCCCUGUUUACUUGCAUCCUGGUCUUUGUCGCCUACUGCCGCGGCGGGCACAAGAGGGCCACAAAGGUCAACACGUACUACACCAUGUUUGCUAUCGGCUGGUUCAUCCUGAGCAUGCUUCUCUGGCUCAUCACCGCCGUCAUCUUUCAGCACAGCAAGGACAACAGCAACAACAAGGACAUGUGGGGGUGGGCAUGCGUCAACAACCAGCGCUCGCAGAUCUACGCCGACAAGAUCGACUACGUCCUCGUCUGCCGCCUGCAGAACUGGACCCUCAUUUGCAUCAUCAUCGAAAUCGUCGUCGAGGUCAUCAGCAUCUCGCUCUACAGCAUCAUCUUUUACCGCUUCUACUCGAAGCGCCGCCUCAUGAAGUCCAUGGACAUGCGGGACCGCGCCCGAUCCGACCUCUACCUCGCCCAGCUGCGCUCGCAGUCCGCCCCCAACACCCCCGGCUUCGCUCCCAAGUCGCCCGCCCUGAGCCACUACGCCAUGUCCCCCCGCCACCCGCCGGCGGCUUACCGAAACCUCUCCGACAUUGACGAGUCGAGCCCCUUCACCCCUGGAGGCAGCGUCGCCGUGGCCCAGUCCCAGUUUGCGCCCCCGUCCCAGACCACCUUCAAGCUUCAGGCGCCCCCUGCCAAGGCGCCGUCGGCCACGCCCAAGACCGUCCCGGCUGCCUUUUCACUUUCCGCCGCCGCCGCCGCCGCCGCCGCUGCUCCGACGCCGGCAGCACCACCUGCCCAGUCCGCCGCGCCGCAGCACGCGCCGCAAGCAGCCGACGAGCCGACAUACGACGCCGUCCCUAUUCCCGGCGCCUAUGCCGGCCAGGCCAUCAAGAGCCCGCCGCCUCAUCAAGCUGCCUUUGGCCAAGCAAGCUGA